CCCGGAGCCCGCGCCGUGCGCAGGGGCGGGCGCCCCCGCCCGCGGCUAUAAAAACCUAGUCACCUGCUGCCACCAGCUACGCAGUGCAGCCACCCGCCUGGAGAAGCCAAGUCACCAUCUCCCGAGGCUGCUUUCCUGGACAUGGACCCUGAGACCUGCCCCUGUCCUACGGGUGGUUCCUGCACCUGUUCCGACUCCUGCAAGUGCGAGGGAUGUAAAUGUACCAGCUGCAAGAAGAGCUGCUGCUCUUGCUGUCCUGAGGAAUGUGAGAAGUGUGCCAAGGACUGUGUGUGCAAAGGUGAGGAGGGGACCAAGGCGGAGGCAGAGAAGUGCAGCUGCUGCCAGUGAAGACGAGCCCCCUCCUCGCGCCCCUGGAGCAUGUGUAAACAGUGCCCUGUGGUCCCAUGCCCCCUCCGUCCAUGCUAGGGCGUGGGUGUUGCCCCUUUCCCUGGCUGCCUGAUGGCAAGUGACAAUAAAUCCCACAAACAGCAUGAA